CACGCUCGCAAUUGCCGAAGAGGGUGCCGCGUUCACGAUGGUGAGUGAGCCACGGAAAGCAUAGGCAGUCAAGAAGAAGCCAGAUCUGUGCUGACAAGCGGCCCAGACAGACCUUGGAGGCAGGCAGCGAGGGGUGUGGCCGAGUGAGGGCGUCCAUCAGGCAGAGGAGAUGCUGUGUGUACCAGCGAGGCCAGAUCAGCAGGCUGCGUGCGCUCGGCGACAUCUGUCUGGUGUGUGGGGUGUGUUUGUGGCGUCUGUUGUGUUGUGUGUGCAGGGGGAGAAGAAGGACAACCCCAUGCGGGAGAUCCGCAUCUCCAAGCUCGUCCUCAACAUCUCUGUCGGAGAGGUAUGUAUCACACAGACACACACAAACAGUGGACACGCCUCACUCAGAUGCCCGCCCUUGCCUGUCUGGUUGUCUGCAGUCUGGUGAUCGUCUCACACGCGCCGCCAGGGUGCUGGAGCAGCUGACAGGACAGAACCCUGUCUACUCAAAAGGUGCGCGUCUGUGAACAAAUCCGAUGGACACAUCACAUGUCAUACGGUCGGUGUCCGCGUGUGUGUGGGAUUGGGUGCGAUGUCCUGCAGCUCGUUUCACCAUCCGUAGCUUUGGUGUGCGUCGUAACGAGAAGAUCGCCUGCCACGUCACUGUCCGGGGCGAGCGGGCGGCAGAGAUCCUCGAGCGAGGCCUCAAGGUCAAGGAAUACGAGCUCGUCCAGAGGAACUUCUCUAACAACGGUCAGCUGCUUCUGGUGCAGAUGUGUGUGCUUCUUGUGUGUGUUCGAUCCUCAUAGCUAUGAUUGAUGUUGUGUGUUCUCAUGUGAUGUGAUGCUGCUGCACUGCAGGCAACUUUGGCUUUGGCAUUCAGGAGCACAUCGACCUGGGCAUCAAAUACGACCCCUCGACCGGUGAGUGAGUGGGGUGGGUGACACGGCCACCAUACCAUCCCCCUGCUGCACUGCAGUGUGCAGCCGCUAAUGCCGAAUCACUUGCCUGAGUGUGUGCAGGUAUCUACGGUAUGGAUUUCUACGUGCACCUGUCCCGCCCGGGUCACCGCGUGGCGACCCGCCGGCGCAAGACGGCGAGCGUCGGCCACUCGCACCGCAUCACCAAGGAUGACGCCAUGAACUGGUUCAAGGACAAAUACGAAGGCGUCAUCCUCGCCAAGUGAUCGGGGCACAUGACCGGGUGGGUGGGUGUGGGCGGUCGGUGUGGUGGCUUUCCAGCGCCUGUCUGCCUCUCUGCCUUGAUGGAUGGAUGAAUGGAUGGGUGCUGGUGGGUGUGGUGUGUCGACAACGAACCGAACCGAUGUGACGCGUUUCGUGUUCUUGUUAAUGGAAUGGAUGCGAUGCAUUGAUUGAUC